CCAUAUUGUUUUUGGAUUUAUCGUGAAUGAAAAUUUACGCUUGCUUUUAUUGACGAACUUGAGUAGAAAUCUUCCCUAAGAAGUUCACCAACAAUGGGGUGCGAUGGUGGCACGAUUCCAAAGCGGGACGAACUUGUUCGAAUGAAGAAAAAGCCCGAACAAGUUGAGAAGAACUACGAAUUGAACGCAAAGUGGUUCCACUGUGCUUUGAGUGAAGCCGAGUUACAGAGCCCAAUUGUAUGCUGUGAGCUUGGAAACUUGUACAACAAAGAAGCAGUGCUAGAAUACCUGCUGGACAAAUCCUCUGUCACAUCGGAUGUCGCCAGCCACAUCAGGAGCCUGAAAGAUGUAAAGGAGCUAAAACUGACCAACAACCCAGCCUUCGAAAAGAAGUCUUCGGAACAAGCCGAUAGCUACUUAGAUUUUCAGGCGUCUCGAUUCAUCUGCCCUGUUGUCGGCAUUGAGAUGAACGGCAGAUAUAAGUUUUGCUUUCUCUGGAAGUGCGGCUGUGUGUUUUCUGAGCGAGCGCUGAAGGAAGUUCCGUCGACUGUUUGCAACAAAUGUGGCAAACCCUUCUCCGACGAAGACAUUGUUAUCAUAAACGGCAGCGAAGAGGAACUGGUCAGCAUGAGGGCAAAGAUGGAAGGAAGACGGCAGAAAACGAAGCUGGAGAAGAAAGCUAAGAAGACAAAGAUCUCUGAGACUUCAACUUCGACAAAUGGGGAAUCUUCAGGGAGUAGUCUUAAUGGUGCAAAUUGUGAAGAUGGCCCUGAAAAACCAGCAAAACGAGCGAAAACAGAGCACAUGCCCUCCUCUAGUGGAUCUAAAUCUAGUGACGUGAUGGUAUCAGGGGCAAAGAUCAACGGAGCAGCUUUAUCAAAGGGAAAGCUUCCAGAACUAUCAAAACACAAGACUGUGGCAGAAGACCCCAAAGCAAGCAAAGUUUUCAAAUCACUUUUCUCAUCAAGCCGAAAGGACAGACCUAAACAUCUUCAGUCAAACUGGGUGACAUACCAUUCUUAUCAUAUAUAGACCAGUAAGUAUUACUCUCAUGUCCAGAUGUGUGCCAAAUGAUGCAAGGGGCACUUUCGAUUCAACCAAAAAUUCCAGCUCUGAAACCAGCAAAUGGUAUGGAAGUUUCCUUAGAAAGUUUGCUGGGGAAAUCUAGAAUAUGAGGAAUUUGAGGAAUUAGAAUCAUUCAACUAAAAAUUUCAGAAAAUCUGAAAGGAGUCUUGGCAGGAAACUUUUAAAAGUUUGGCAAGGCUGACCUCCCUUCCAGAAAUUCUGGAAAAAGGUGGGUGCUUUCCAUUAUGCCAAAUAUUUCAAAAAUUUCAGUCAGAAGUCAAAUGGAAAAACCUGUUUCAGUUCCUUCUGAUUGGAAUAUUCAGGAUCACCUUUGGAGGUGGUCCACUUAUUCCAGUCAGAAUAUUCUGACCAAAAUUGCCGUUCCAUUUUGACAACCCAUUUCAUUGCCACACUUCUCUUUACUUAUGUAGGAAAUUCGGAAAAGGAAUAAAAAAUGGUAAGAGCCAUUCCAUUUGGUUGGCCUAGUAUUAUCAGAGAAUGCCAUUCCAUAUUGCCUUGGUUAUUCCUACUGGUCUCUUACUGGUUGGUUUGGCAUAAUGGAAAACACCCACGGUUUCACUCACUGCUGAAAAUUUCUGGAAAUUCAAACCGGAAAUUUUGGUCCAAUGGAAAGUACCAAGAAUCUCCUGUUGCCUUGGCAACUGUUGAGUAUAGUGGAUCCUUUACUUUGUUACACUUUCUUAAGGGGACACAAACUUAUGCCCUGCUCAUACAAUUCUUUGUAUCUGUUACCUCUUUCAAUGAAAAAGUGGAAGUUCUACUGAAGUAACUAAUAGAGCAAAAGUGAGAGGUUGAUUGUUGUAUUUUCCCAACCAAAAGGUUACAAGGUAAUGAUUUCUGUUUGAGCACCAAAGAUAUAUUGUGUCAUGGUUUUGUUUAUGGUAUGAACAACUAAGUCUGUUCUCAGAUCAAUCAUGAGCAGGCCUGUCAAAUCCCACAGUCCCAUCAGGUUUUGACCAACAUCCCCUCUUGCUAUAUUUUGUGAAUCUUCUGAUUCCCAUAGAGAUCCCUCAGAUCUCUAGAUUUUGAGGUAGUAGAGUAGGCUGGACUGAGUGUAAGAUAGUCUGAAUGUAAGAUAGUCUGCGAGUCACAUCUGCGAGCGGCAAAAAGCGAAGCAAUCCUUGUGCUUACGGCUAUGCCGCUUGCACUUGUACUCCAACGUGAGCCUGCUUGCAAGCUAAGUGUAAGAGUGUUUCUGUCUAUUUGGAUGAGAUGCUAGUACAAACCAUAGGGAUUUUCCAGCUUGCCCUUUAUGCUGAAGGCCUUUCUCUUUACUUCACGUGCCAACUGAAAAAUCCAGCAGAGGAAAUCCACUUGCACUUGGAUUAUCACUCAGAACUUUCUUCGCAAUGCCAAUUUUCUUGAGUCCCAUUUUCAGUGAGAGUAUUGUUUUCAAUUAGACCUCAAGUAGUCCCUCUUUAGAGUGCAAAGUGUUCUAAGGUGCAUCAACAUUCAAAGUACCUGUACUAUUUUCCUUUGUUUAUUUAUAUUAUAACAUCAGCUCUCCUGAAAAAAAUCCCUAACUGUCACUUGUUUCAGACUGACUGUAUUUACUAUUACUAACUUUGUAUAUUUGUUGUAUUAGUAUCACUGAUAAAUAAAUCUGUAUCACUGAUGAAUAAAUAAAUUUGAAUUUGGUAAGAGUUGUA